AGAGCACAGUCAGCUGUGGUUAAUGAUUAAUCGCUGACCACCCCGCCUCCCGCAGCUCCGGCGAGGGUGCUCCGGGAGCGUGGCCCGAGGCCCACAAGUGCCGGCAGCUGGAAGGGAAGAGAGCUGCGAGGCGGAGCGCACCCUGGGCGAAGAGGGGCAGAGGCGCAACGCCGGGGGCUGCGGGUCUCACUCCCAGCCAGCCUGGAGUUGAGAACGUUCUUCCUUCGCCCUCUCCCCGCCUCGCCCCCGCUACGCACACUUCCAAAGCCCCACAUCCAGGCGCCUCCUGGGCCUCUCCUAGGUUGGGCUGCUCCAGGAAGCUUCCGUGAAAGCACCUGAAAUACUAAGUUACGUUUGCCAGGAGAACUCGAGUGAGAUAAAGUCGUGCGCCCACUCAGGUGAGUCUGCAGCCGAGAACUUAGGGCUCUGCUGGGAGGAGAAAGGGAAGCUGAGAGUCUUUGGACCGGGUAGCCUGGCGCUCUUAUGGCUUCACCCAGCCUCCCCAGCAGUGACUGCUCCCAUAUCAUCGAUCACAGCCAUGUCCCCGAGUUUGAAGUGGCCACCUGGAUCAAAAUCACCCUUAUCCUGGUGUACCUGGUCAUCUUCGUGAUGGGCAUUCUGGGGAACAGCGUCACCAUUCGGGUCACCCAGGUGCUGCAGAAGAAAGGCUACUUGCAGAAGGAGGUGACGGACCACAUGGUGAGUUUGGCUUGCUCGGACAUCUUGGUGUUCCUCAUUGGCAUGCCCGUGGAGUUCUACAGCAUCAUCUGGAACCCUCUGACCACGCCCAGCUACACCCUGCCCUGCAAGCUGCAUACUUUCCUCUUCGAGGCCUGCAGCUACGCCACGCUGCUGCACGUGCUGACCCUCAGCUUUGAGCGCUACAUCGCCAUCUGUCAUCCCUUUAGGUACAAGGCUGUGUCGGGACCUUGCCAGGUAAAGCUGCUGAUUGCCUUCGUCUGGGUCACCUCCGCCCUGGUGGCACUGCCCUUGCUUUUUGCCAUGGGUACUGAGUACCCCCUGGUGAACGUGCCCAGCCUCCGGGGUCUCACUUGCAACCGCUCCCUCACCCGCCACCACGAGCAGCCCGAGACCUCCAAUAUGUCCAUCUGUACCAACCUCUCCAGCCGCUGGACCGUGUUCCAGUCCAGCAUCUUCGGCGCCUUCGUGGUCUACGUUGUGGUCCUGCUCUUCGUAGCCUUCAUGUGUUGGAAUAUGAUGCAGGUGCUCAUGAAAAGCAAGCAGGGCACGCUCGCCGGGGGCGCGCGGGGGCCGCAGCUGAGGAAGUCCGAGAGCGAAGAGAGCAGGACCGCCAGGAGGCAGACCAUCAUCUUCCUGAGGCUGAUUGUUGUGACACUGGCCGUAUGCUGGAUGCCGAACCAGAUUCGCAGGAUCAUGGCUGCAGCCAAACCUAAGCACAACUGGACGAGGUCCUACUUCCGGGCGUACAUGAUCCUCCUCCCUUUCUCGGACACGUUCUUCUACCUCAGCUCGGUGAUCAACCCGCUCCUGUACACGGUGUCCUCGCAGCAGUUCCGCCGGGUGUUCGUGCAGGUGUUGUGCUGUCGGGUGUCGCUGCAGCAUGCGAACCACGAGAAGCGCCUGCGCGCCCAAGCGCUCUCCACCAUGGACAGCGCCUGCUCUGCGCAGCGCCCCCUGCUCUUCCUCACGUCCCGGCGCCAGUCCUCUGCAAGAACUAACAAGGUUUUCUUAAGCACUUUUCAGAGCGAGGCCGAGCCUCAGUCUAAGCCCCAGCCAUUGAGUCUGGAGUCACUAGAGCCCAACUCAGGCGCAAAACCAGCCAAUGCUGCUGCAGAGAAUGGUUUUCCGGAGCACGAAGUUUGAACAUCUAGUGACGAAGCCUUGAGUGGGACCUGGCCCUCCACCCCCAAGAAAACAACGUCACCCUCACACUGCAGUCUCAAAAUAAACUAUGCCCCCAUCAAGGGUGGAAUGGAUGCUGGCAGCUUUGCAACAGGCAGUGCCCACCUCAGUGACUUCUAAGGGCUGGCUGUGCCAGCCUGGCCUUGGCUCUGGUUACACAGACGUAGGGGUGAACUUUCCACCUCCUUCCUUCAAGUACAUACUGAAAAUUCAGUCAGCCCGAAUUCAUUUAGAGCUUACAAAAAUGCUUUACACAGAGCUCUUUCAUUAUUUGCAAAGGAACAAAAAGAGAACACGGACUCCUGCUCCCUACCCAGAAUAAAAGGACGGCCGG